AUGCAAUCCAUCAGUCCGACCACGGUUACUUCUCCCACUUCAACAGUGAGGAUAAUUGGAAAUGUGAGUGAGUUGGAUGAGGAUUCAAUAGGUGAAAAUAGGAGGAGUGAAUUGGAGAGGAGGUCAAUUUUGUCAUCACAAAAAAAGAAAAGAAGAGGAUCUGCGAGUGCUACAAAUAAGCAAGUGAAUGUUAAGGCGAGUGCUGAUGAAAGUUUGGAAUUAUUUGUAAAGAAUAGUAAAAAAUAUUUGAAAAAUGAUGACCAUUCGUUGCCUAUUAAUUUUAGGGAAGUUGACAGGCAGUGGAGAGGAGUAGAGGAGAAGCAUCAAUCCAUUUCUAAAAAGUAUGAAGUUGAUGGAGUUUCUACUACUCUUAAAGCUAUUAAGGAGCAUUUGGAUAGUGAAAAUCAAGGAGAGGUGACAAAAUCCUCAAUACCCUUAAGGGUGAGACACAGAUUUUGGAAAGAUUUGAGUCAUUUGGAUGAUUGUAACACUAGAUUCGUCCUGAUUGAGAAAAAUCUUGUCAGGGCUGAAAAACAAAAGAAGGAUUUGAGGAAAGAGGAGGAGCAACAAAUUGCUGUUGGUUACAGAUUCAGAAUGUUUGGAAAGGCUAAGUUGUACAAACCUAAAAUUACAUCUGGAGCUGGUCUGUUAUUGCCUUCCCCUGUUGCAGCUCUGAGAGGUGUAAAAAAGACACCAGAAAAAUCGACUCGUACAAUUCCAGUUCUAGAAAUGUCAGAGUCAGUAAUUGAUCUUCCCUAUGAUUUAUCAUUGGGAGAAUAUCUUGCCUAUGUGAGGGAGAAAAAAAACGAAGAGUUGGCAGCUCUCUCCUCUGACCCUCCAAGUACUGAUAGAUCAGAAGUUGCCUCUCCAAAGACACCUGUUCAAGAUCCUGGCAGUGCAACAGGGACUCCAAGAAGCAAACUUACGAAAAGAAAGACAGAGCCAAAAAUUAUUGAGAAGCCCGACAUGUGCUCAAAACAACCAAGCUUAUUUGAUCAAGUUGUAAAUAUAGAUAUCAAAACGAGAGAACAAAUCGAGAAGGAGGUCUCCAAAAAACAUAAGGAAAACAUGAGACGAUAUGGUCACAAUGGCCAUUCUCAAACACAUGAUAUGUCACUCUCUCAAAUACCCUCCGUAUUUCAGAGUUUAUCAUCCAUGAAUAAUAGACUGAAUACUAAUAGUAGAGAGUUUCCUCCUCUAUCCAUAACUCCUGAUGAAGAUAUGCUAAAAAGGAAAAGAAGUGAAUUGGGUUUUCUGAAAAACACUAACAUUUCUCAACUCGAUCCACACCACCCACUAUUCUAUGUAUUUAGAAUGAGGCUUGUAAAUUAUUCCACAUCAGAAUAUAAAUUAUUGAAAUCUAGGUUUAACAUUAGUAUUUCCCAACUCCGUUCCCCUCACUAUAUCCACAUUGAUACUUUCAAUUCUAAUUUAUUUGUAACAUUAUAUAAUCAACCAGUUAAUGAGCUAGGCUAUAUUGUUCCAGAAUACCAUUCUGACGAUUGUAUUUUUGCGUGCGUAGAAUGUUUACCAUGGCUAAACGAAAGCACUGUUAAAUCAGUUCUCAAUCAGCAUUUGAGAAUAACUAUACAUGAUUGCCAGGACCUUUCAUUUCCUGUUUUUGAUUUUAUUGUUUCAUUUUCAGAGAAUGAAAGAUUAUUCAUUGUUUCACACCAUCUGACUGAUGCUCCCCAUGCUCAUCAACCCUCAGAAAAUAAUCAAAUGUAUUCCGAAAGGGAAGCAAAAUACGAAUUUCUGAAAAAACCCAAAUUUCAACCAAAGCAAGAUAUGGCUGAGCACUUGCAAUAUCAUGAUCAACCUCGCCAAUUCUUGUUUGUUACCUUUGGAGAUAAGGAUUCGCCCUCAUCCAACAGAUUUGAUCUGAAAUACACACCAACCAUUAAUCUUGUGCCCUAUUCAAGAAAGUCAUAUUUAUCCAACAGAAUUGUUUCUCCUACUAGAUCGAUUUUCAGAUCACCUGAGAAGAAGAAGGAAAUUGUAGCAGAUAUAAGUUUCGAUGAUACAGAGUUGAUGAAUUUGGAAAGCUCUCCAAUACCUUACAAAGAUGUUCAGGAAGAGACACUUUCAAGUGUUGCCACGGAAAUGGACAAUCACAUCAAGUUACCAAAAUCCAGAGACACCAAGAGAUAUUAUGAUUUUUCAAAAUCAAAGAAGGCAAUUCCAUAUGUGUCAUCUUACAAACCCUCUGAUGCUGAGCUAGUUGCCCCUGACAAUCCCUCAAUCAAGACUGCAAAUGUUCCAACAAUGUUUUACUCACAUGAAACAAACAAAACAGUCAUGCUGACAAGUGGUAAAGAUAAGAAUGUAAAGGUUAUUCUUCCUGCAAAACGAAUCCCUCAUAAUGCCUUACCAGUUGUUGAUGCGAGAGCACCACUUCCAAAGCCAAUUCGAUUUGGAGCAUUGGAUAAUACUCAAAAGAUUUUAAGGGAACAACGAUUGAUUUUUAAGGAACAACAAAAAUGUGGUGCUUUGGGAAUGAUUGAUUUUAACAAUUUUGACGAGAUUAGAAAGGGGGCCCCUAGUACAGAUUUGGUUUUGGUGGGAGACAAAAAGUUGUCUGUUGCACUGGAACAUUAA